CAAGCUGUCAAGACGUGCCGCCGCUUUCCCGUGCCAAUCACCCACUUGACGCAUUGUGGCUAAGCAGAGCUCGACGACUUCUGUUAAACCCGCGCUAUCGCAUGCCAAUCUACAGGCAUCCAUUUGACUGGUACGUCAUCAUGUCUUCUCCCACCUGUUUGAGCGUCUUUCUGCUGGUCGUAAUGUUGGUUGCUCAGCCCCUGAACACUCAGGCCGGAGUGCAGGACACGAUAACAGCUUUGAACACUCAAUACGUUAAUGCUAUUAACCAAGACAAUGUAAACAGCGUCAUGGAGUUGUACGAUAACGAUUGCGUUAUGAUGCUGGAAGGCUUCGAGACCAUUUCUGGGAAAAGCCGUACGCAGCCAUACGUAGCUAAAAUGAUCGGAGACGUGACGACGGUCACCUUCACGAGUCAAGAGGUGACACCAAUGGACGACGCAGCCGACUACGUCUAUCAACGCUCGAAAUUCUCCGGGCAGAACGCCAAUGGCAAAGUCGUAUAUGAUGGAAAGAGUUUGAUGAUCUGGAAGAAAAAUGACAGCAGCUACAAGAUCCAUAUCCACAUGUAUAACUCAGACAGCUAAAUACACAAGGGUAUGGUACCACGUCGAGGUCGUGUGAAUUGAAUUGAUUUUGAAUGGUUACAUACUUGAGUGUUGCUUGAGCUUUAAUUUGCCUUCUAAAUGCCAAGAUGUUUGUUUAUUCGGUUUGUGGGUUUAAUAAAGGGACUUUGAGGCGUUUGGUGUCGACAAGCAUACUCAGUCUGGCCUUUUUACGAGUUCUGAGCAUGCGCGCGUUGAUCUGGCGGCAGACGUGCAUAGUUCUGAGCACGCGCAAUGCGGCAAAGGACCCAUGUCUACCGCCACCAGCGUCUCAAAGUCUCCCACUGUUUGCACGUAGGACAUUUCAAAGCACUCACCACAGUUACAUGUAUAUUGACACAAUAAUAUCUGAUUACUGAUCUUUAAUUAUGGAAGUCUACCAUAACACAUGUAUUAAGGUUUAUUUCAAUUUUCUCGCACUGGUUCCAUAUUGACAUCUUGCUUUAUACACCUGUUGCUUAUAAAAACACCAUACCCUGAAUAAUUGUUAAACUCGUCAGGGGUGCGUGUGUUAACGAUGAAACAAUAACUUAUAGCCAAAAGAAACUAAAAUUAAAGCCGACGUGCAGAACGGGAUGUGCAUGGUGAAAUUUUGUAUCAAAUCUUAUUUAAAGGACAAUAUAUUAUGCUGAAA